ACUUUUUUUUGUGUAGUAUGGUUGACAUUAAUUUUCAGCAGGAGAUACCAAUGGAUAAUAGAGAAGAUGCAGUAAUCAGCAUGGUUUAUGAAGCUACAGCAAGACUCAGAGAUCCAGUUUAUGGCAGUGUAGGCAUUAUUUCUGCCCUCCAGAAACACAUAUUUCACUUGCAAUCCAACUUAAACGAAGCUUCAGCUGAAGCAAUGUCUCUCAGAACACAAUUAUCCAAUGCUUCAACAUCCUUACCCUCAUCGUUACUGGAAGUUUCUCCAUUCACUCCCGUGAACCACGAGUUUCACCAUUCCCAGAAGUCGAGCCAGCAAAAUGCAUAUUCUAAUAAUGACUUGCAUCUUCUACUUCCAGAAGCAGCGGACUAUUGUUUCCAAGAAACAGAUCAAGUUCUUCGUCCACUGCCUUACUAGAAGUACAUAUAGUUCUCCCAAUAUGGACAACAGAAUGUCAAUAUUUCCCUUUCAUUUAACAAACACAUUCGCAUGUUUUCUCCUUCCAUUGUUGCUCAUCUAGUAAAAAUUUGUAAGACUUUACUACAGAAACUGUACUGCAUGAUAUUGAAACCAAAUAACUAUCGAUCACAAUUUCAAACAAACUAUGAAAGAAAGGUCACUGAAAAGUGUGCAUAACCAUCGUCAUUGACACAUUUCAGUAUCAUUAACCGAAAGUCAAUCCAAACAGGCACAUAAGUACCUCGAUGAUGACAAUAGCCCACAAAAUGUAACUAUGAUGAACACCCGUAAAAGGGCUUGUAAAAAGCCUGGGCAUUCUAGUCAAAGAGAAUCUUCUUAUGCAAUCAACAACAAGAAGAUAACCAGUGAACUAACACGAGUGGGGUUUUGGAAGGAUAGAGUGUAAGCAGACCUUACCCCUACCUCGU